AUGCAAUUUAAUAAUAAACAAAAAUAAGAGUAUUACGAUAAAUACAAUUCUUUUCGUAAUCAUCCUGCCUUUAGCUAAUUGCCUAACAAUAUUCUCAAAAUUAUAAUUGAUUCUGUUAAUGUCUUAUAAUUUAUUAAAAAUUAGAGUGUCAUUAUUGAAAAUGAAAUGAUGACAACUUUAUUCAUUGUAAAAAGUGGUGAAUUUAAAGUAAAUAAAUAAAUUAAUACAUAGAGAUGAGUAAAAAAAUAUUGUGCUAAAAUCCAGUGUUUUCUUAUUUAAAGAAAUGGAAAUAAUUUGAGAUUUGUUUGAUAGAAAAAGGCGAAACUAUUGGUAUAGAACAUCUAGAUAUAGAACCAAAAGGAUAUUAUAAAUAUUCAGUUACUUGCAAUUCAUACUAAGGAUAAUUGUAUUCAGUAAAAUUAGAUUAAAUUUCUUAAAUUUUAAAAGAUCAUCACAUUAAUAUGUCGGUAGAGAAUAUAUUUUAAUAUCAAUAAUAAUUGAACAAGAACAAUUUAUACAACUAUCGAGAAUAAUAAAUAAAUCAUCUUUAUAAUAAUAUCACUCAAUCUCUUAAACACAGAGAGGUUAGAACAUAUUCUAAUGAUAACAAUUAAAAUUAAAGCAACAAUUUUAGAUAGUAAAAUCAUUCUAUAAGUUAUGAUGUUUCUUAUUGUGAUAAAAUACAAUCAUUGAUAAAUUAUUAAAAAUAAAUUAUCAAUAAUCCAAGAAAAAUUAUUAAGACAGAAGUUUUAGAAGAUGACAAUUACAUUAAUCAAUCUGUAAACAAUCACAUCUAAGCAUUGAAACCAUAUAUUAAUAACUUUGAAUCAGGGAAAAAUCUUACUAAACGAACUUAGAUAUUCUCUUAAGAUCGUAUAGUAGAAUUAAAUCAAAAUGAAAAGCUUUUUAAAUUGAAAGUCCUUUUCAAAUUAGGAUUUAGACCAAAGAAAAAAGUAUAAAUAAAGCUUCAUUAAAUUCAUAGCUAACAUUUAUCCAAAAUUUUUCCCUUUCAUCCUAAAUGA